AUGUCCCAAUCUCCAUCCAUAGACUUUGAGAAAAUAAAAAGCGAGUCCGAUGGCACGCUCAAAGGAAUGGCAGGCACAGCCUUCCAGGAAAUCAUUGGCAAUAACCCAUAUUUUGCGGCCGGUGGAGGUUUAAUGCUUCUAGGAACUGCUUUAGCAUUGACAAGGCAAGGUGUUGUCAAGACCUCUGGCUUCUUGUACCGCCAAAUGCUCGUCGACUUGGAGAUUCCAUCCAAGGACAAACUGUACCUCUGGUUUUUGGAGUGGAUGUCGCAAUACAAGAACAGAAGCUCGCGUCAUUUAUCUGUCGAGACGAAUUACAUCCAGCACGAUAAUGGAGCAGUCACCACCAAGUUUUCAUUGGUUCCGGGACCGGGAAAGCACCUCAUCAAGUACAAGGGCGCAUAUAUGUUGGUAAACCGUGAGAGAUCCGGCAAGCUUCUCGACAUGACAAGCGGUACGCCGUUCGAGACUGUUACACUCACCACCUUGUAUAGUGACAGACACCUCUUCAGGGAUUUGCUUGGAGAAGCGAAGAGAAUGGCCCUUAAAGCCCAAGAGGGCAAGACAGUGUUGUACACGUCGUGGGGACCUGAAUGGCGGCCGUUUGGAAACCCUCGUAAGAAGAGAAUGUUGGGGUCGGUGAUCUUGGACAAAGGUAUCGCACAAGACAUUUUGAACGAUGUCAAGGACUUCUUAAAGAGCGGCGAGUGGUACCACCAAAGAGGAAUCCCUUAUAGAAGAGGAUAUCUCUUGUAUGGUCCCCCAGGAAGUGGUAAAACCUCGUACAUCCAGGCAUUGGCUGGAGAGUUAGACUAUAAUAUCUGCAUUUUGAAUCUUAGUGAGAACAACCUCACGGACGACCGUCUCAACCACUUGAUGAACCACAUUCCACAGAGAUCAAUUCUUCUUCUUGAAGACAUUGACGCAGCCUUCAACAGUCGUGAGCAGACAAAUGAACAAGGUUUCCAAUCCGGAGUGACAUUCUCAGGACUUUUGAAUGCGUUGGAUGGAGUCGCCAGUGCCGAGGAGUGUAUCACAUUCAUGACAUCCAACCAUCCAGAGCGUCUUGAUCCGGCACUUUUGCGUCCUGGAAGAGUUGACUACAAGGUCUUGGUCAACAAUGCCUCGGAAGAUCAGGUGCGUAGAAUGUUCACCAGAUUCUACCAAGAUGAGGAAAAACUCUGCGACCAAUUUGCCCAAAAGUUCAGUGAGCUUGGCUUGCUCGGAAAAGUCAGCACUGCGCAGCUUCAAGGUUUGUUUGUUUUCAAUAAAAACGACCCUCGUGCCGCUUUGGCCAUGAUCGACACUUUGAAACAUCCUAAUAGUUCCUUCUGA